UACCCCAAUGAUUUCUUGCCUUCCUUCCUCUCUGUCCCUCUCUCUCUCCUCCCCUACCUCGAUGUGGUGUUGAUUGACUUCGCCGAUUGUAUCCCUGUAGUUGCUAAUUCCGGACGCGAUUGUCUCCUUCUCUCCAAUUUCUAAAGCUUGCUCCUAGAUGAAUAAUUUAUUCUGGGUUCACCCACCAACCUAUGAAGAAGAAGAAGUACUCAAUUUGCGAAACUGAUGAGAUAGGAAGGUGAAAUCUUUUAUAUUAAUUAUAAUUAUCAAGCUGAAAGAAGGUGUCUGAUCGAUUGAUUGGAGAAAGCCCACAACCCACAAGUAUUAAUUUCGUUGAAGAGGAGAUAGUUUUGUGAUUGGAAUGUCUGAGGAAACUUUUGCACUACCUUCAUUAUCCUUCUCCUCUGAUGAUAAUAAUAAAAAUGUUGAACAUAAUAAAGGAGCAGAGGCCUUAAUAGACCAACAAGAUAAAAGUGGGCCUUUGGUCGAGGAGUCCCAAAGGGCUCCUCCUCUGAUCAGUGCCAUCGAUACACUUGAACCUGGAAAGGAAAUAGUUUCAAAUAUCAGCACAACAACUUCCAAUGGAUUUCCAAACUCAGUGCUUCAGAUAUUAGAAGAGGGAAAUGCAACUCCUCCUCCUCCUACCACUACUACCGGGUUUCAUGAUAAAUCCCAUCCAUCAAUAUCAACACCAACACCAACAACUUUGGAUGAAUCAAAAGGAGCAGAUGUCUUGAAAUCUGUUCAAUCAAUAUCUCAUGAUGUAAAAGAAGAAAAGCCUAAUAAUGAUGCUAGUAGUAGACCACCCACAACCAGCAGAGAAAUUAUAAAAGAAGUUGAUCAUGCCAGACAAUCCAGUUUGGACGAGAGGGUCUUGGCUAAAACAUUGGAUGACCCAGAUGACCGUCGCCACAAUCUUCCUUCUUCUUCUUCUACUUCUAAUGCUCCUCAUCAACUCAAGAAGGUUGUUCAGAGGGCUGUUCCAAACUACAGAGGUUUAAUUGACACUGCCUCACCUAUUGAAUCUGUUAAAGAGGCUGUUUCCAAGUUUGGUGGAAUUGUUGAUUGGAAGGCCCAUAAAGUUCAGACUGUAGAGAAGCGUAAGGUCAUUGAAAAUGAACUGGAGAAAGUGCAGAAUGAAAUCCCUAUUUACAAAAAACAAGCUCAGGAUGCUGAAGAGGCGAAAGACCGAGUCUCCAAGGAACUGGAAUCAACCAAGAGACUAAUAGAAGAACUGAAACUCAACCUUGAGAAAUCCCAAAUGGAAGAACAUCAAGCAAAGCAGGAUGCUCAACUGGCCAGGCUGAGGGUGCAGGAGAUGGAGCAAGGUGUUGCCGACGAGUCCAGUGUGGCUGCAAAGGCCCAGCUCGAGGUGGCCCAAGGCCGCCAUGCUACCGCCAUCUCUGACCUUAAAUCUGUUACAGAUGAGCUCCAACAACUUUCUCAAGACUAUUCUUUGCUCCUCACCGAGAAAGACUUGGCCAUUAAGAAAUCAGACGAGGCUCUUUCUGCUGCAAGGGAAGUCGAAAAGACAGUUGAGGACCUCACUAUUCAGCUAAUCACCUCCAAAGAAUCUUUGGAGUCUGCACAUACUGCCCUUCUGGAAGCUGAGGAGCACAGAAUUGGAACUUCCAUGGCAAUAGACCAAGAUACUCUAUAUUGGGAAAAGGAACUCAAUCAGACAGACCUCCAGUUACACAAAUUAAACCAACAGAUACUUUCCGCAAGGGACCUUAACUCAAAGUUACACUCAGCUUCCGAUCUCUUGGCCGCCUUAAAAGCAGAAUUAUCAGCUUAUAUGGAAUCAAAAAUCAACAAUACACAUGAACAAGCGGUUGCAUUGGCCGUCCAGAAGGAUCAUCUUGAACAAGUGAAGCAAAACAUAGAGAAAUCCACAACCGAAGUGAAUAUCUUGAAGCUAGCUGCUUCAUCCUUAAAAGCGGAGCUUGAAAAGGAAAAUUCAACCCUUGCCACCAUUAAGCAGAGAGAAGGAAUGGCGUCGGUUGCAGUUGCAUCUCUGGAAGCAGAGCUGAAGAGGAUGAGAUCUGAAAUCGCCGUCAUCCAGACGAAGGAGAAGGAAGCGAGAGAGAAGAUGGUGGAACUUCCGAAGAUGCUGCAAGAGUCGGCUCUAGAAGCUGAUCAGGCCAAAUUGCUGGCUGUAGAAGCAAGGGAGAAAAUGCAGAAAGCAAAGGAAGAAGCAGAGCAAACAAAGGCAGCAGCCAGCACUAUCAAAAGUAGACUGCUUGCUGCUGAGAAGGAAAUUGAGGCUUCGAGGGCUUCUGAGAAGUUGGCUCUAGCAGCGAUCAACGCCUUAAAAGAGAGCGAGGAGUCAGCACAAACAGUGAAGCAGACGAAUGGAGUGACAGUUUCGCUCGAGGAAUACUAUGAGCUUAGUAAGCGGGCACAUGAGGCAGAGCAACAGGCGAAUUCAAGGGUGACAAAUGCAGUCUCCCAAAUAGAGGUAGCCAAGGAAUCUGAGUUGCAAACAUUAAGGAAAAUGGAAGAAGUUAAUGUUCAACUUUGUGCUCAGAGAGAAUCUCUGAAAGUAGCAUUGGAGAAGGCUGAGAAAUCCAAGGAAAGGAAGUUGGGGGUGGAGCAGGAGUUGAGGAAAUGGAGGGCAGAGCAUGAGGAACGACGACGAAAAGCUGCUGGUCUAGAUAAUCAGUUUAGUAAGAGCAGCAUGGAUGAGAAAAUAGAAGGAAACAGCUUUAUUCAUGCGUCGCAUCCAACCCAGAGGACCACAAGCUUGGUUAAGGUACCAGCAUCAGACCAGAGUCAGGCUGAAACAACAGAUGAUGUGAAAGUCAGUAGUACUAAGAAGAAGAAGAAAUCGUUUUUUCCACGUAUCUUCAUGUUCUUGACGAGAAAGAAGACAUCAAGCAAGACAUGAUAAUAAUGUUGCCAUCCGUUUCUCUUCUAUUUCAUCAUUUUAAGCUUUUGUGUGAGUUUGAGUCAGAUUGGGGUGGUACAGUCGCCCAUGUUAUAAGAUUUGUUCAUAUUCUGUACACGAUUUAGGAUUAGGAUAAACUUUCUUUCCAGUUGUAUGGGAGCUGCUGCUUAUCCUGAGAUAGAUAGCAGGUGUAAAGAAUAUAUAUAUAUAUAUUAUUAGUGUUUGUGAGUUAUUAGUCCUUCACAUUUUUAUUGUAAAGAGAUUGGUUGAUUGAUUGUUGUUAUAAAAUUGAACUUGCUUUGUUUUGUGUCUAA